AUGAAGCUUUGUAAUCUGCAAACUCUUAAGAUGGACUUGCUGCGGCCGUUUGAAGAACCAGAUCUUAGAAUCAUUAUGCCCGGCACAAUGAGCUCCGAAACGGAAGAAGAAAUGAGCGCUUCUGAGAGAAGACGGUAUAAAGCUUAUACGGUCAUGCAACGAUCAGGAUUCCAACAUACAGAAUAUGUAAAGAUUAUGAUUCAUCUAUGUAGAGCUGAAAUUUUAAUUUCGUUUGCUUUCCUUGUUCAUGGUAUAUACUGUCCGGGAUAUCCGAAAGAAGCGGAAUAUCAAUCUACUUGUCAUAUGAACACAGUUGCAGCUAUUGUCGGCUUAGUGACAGGAGCAUUAGGCUUGGGAGCCGUACACAGAUAUCGAUGGAGAACAAUGCUAAUGAUGUGGCUAGUCUUUUGCAUCAUCUCUGCCGUCGGUAAUUUAUUAGCUGUCAUUACAACAGGAAUAUGGCUAGAUCAUCUAUCGAAGAUGAAAGACCGAACUGGUCUUGUUAAUGGAUUGUCAGGCUUUAUGCUUCUAGGCUCCGUGGCAGUCGGUGUUUGUUUUAUACUAACAGCUGUUAUGAUUUGUCAUUAUUGGAACUCCAAUUCUCCAAAAUAUCAACCAGUUGGGAAAAUUGCUAAACGAUCUCGAAGUGUUCGUCGUCGAUUAAGUCGAAUGAAAAGUGUUGAGAAGAAAGAAUCUAAGAACUCCAAUAAGGGAUAUCAUAUUGUUUAG